CUGAUUAUCUGAUAUGACCUUAGCCAACGAAUUUUGGCUCCUUGAUCAUGUUAAGGAUAUGAUUGAGUCAUUAGAGGGUUUAACUUGUGUUUAGCAAUCAUCGCAGCUUCAGCUCGAUUUUGAUGACAAAGAAUCUUAUUAGGGAACACUAAUAACUUUAUGUUCUAAAGAUCAAUGAUUUAUGUUAUCUGCAUAUCGGUUCAUUCCACAUUAUUUUGUGUUAGAAGUACUGAUGGAUUUUCGUGAUGAUAUGAUCAGGAAUUUGUUUUAAGGGGUAUUCAUUUGUUACCUCAUUAAUGUCUUCAAAUCCAGCAUCUGAUUCAGAAGAUAUACCAUCUGGACCGCAGAUGAUGGUAUUUAAUGGCCAGCGUGGUAUCAAUUCCUCCAAUAGCAAGGAUAGCUCAGCAAAAUCUAGUGGUAGUUCAACUCAGGAUCCAAGUUCCAAAGGAAUGGACCUCAGUAGUAAGACUAUAGCUGAAUCAACCACCACCAGUAGUCGUUCUUCUCCAAGCCCAAUGCCACAUGCAAAUUCUGAAUUUCUAACCAAUUCUAUCCCCAGCCAUGGCCAACGAAGUCGCAAUAACUCUCGUUCUGAUAGCUUAGAAAGUAUCACUGCACCCCUAAAGCCUCAUACUGGUGGUGACGUUCGGUGGGAUGCGAUCAACAUGGUUUCUAAAGGUUCCCAACUCAAUCUUAGCCAUUUUCGGCUUCUCAAGCGCCUAGGCUAUGGAGAUAUUGGUAGUGUUUAUCUGGUAGAACUCAGAGGAACAAAUGCUUUUUUUGCCAUGAAAGUCAUGGACAAGGCAUCUCUUGCUAGUAGAAACAAGCUAUUGCGAGCACAAACAGAAAAAGAGAUACUUGGACUUCUUGACCACCCAUUCUUGCCAACUCUAUAUUCGUACUUUGAGACUGACAAGUUCUAUUGCUUGGUCAUGGAAUAUUGUAGUGGAGGUAAUCUACAUUCCCUGCGACAGAAGCAACCUAACAAGCAUUUUACAGAGGAAGCUGCACGGUUUUAUGCAUCACAGGUUUUGUUAGCACUCGAGUAUCUGCAUAUGCUUGGAAUCGUGUACAGGGAUUUAAAGCCAGAAAAUGUUCUAGUAAGAGAUGAGGGCCAUAUCAUGCUCUCUGACUUUGAUCUAUCACUCCGUUGUUCUGUGAAUCCUACACUAGUCAAGUCUUCAUCUGUCCAUGUAAACAAUGGUAGUGGUGGUGGUGGUGGUGUUUCUGGGGCCAUUUUGGAAGAGGAUUAUGCUGUCCAGGGUUGUAUGCAGCCAUCCACUUUUUUUCCACGCAUUUUACCUUCCAAGAAGAGCCGCAAAUCUAGAUCAGAUUUUGGCCUUUCUGCUACCAACUCCCUCCCAGAACUGAUGGCAGAGCCUACAAAUGUGCGCUCCAUGUCAUUUGUUGGAACACAUGAAUAUCUAGCCCCAGAGAUUAUCCGUGGAGAAGGCCAUGGUAGUGCUGUGGACUGGUGGACAUUUGGCAUCUUCUUAUAUGAGCUCUUACAUGGAACAACCCCGUUCAAGGGCCAUGGAAAUCGCGCCACACUUUAUAAUGUUGUUGACCAGCCUCUGAAGUUCCCAGAAACGCCACAAGUAAGUCCUAUUGCACGUAAUCUCAUUCGAGGGCUCUUGAUCAAAGAACCAAAUAAGCGAAUUGCAUACAAAAGGGGUGCCACAGAAAUAAAACAACACCCAUUUUUUGAGGGAGUGAACUGGGCUCUAGUGAGAUGUGCCAUGCCUCCUCAUGUACCUGAACCUGUAGACUAUUCACAAUAUGCCAGCAAGGAGGCAAGCGCUCCCGACAAAAAGAUGCCAGAAGAGGGCAGUAACCCUAAUGAUUCUUCUUAUGUAGAUUUUGAGUACUUUUAGCACGCAUUUUGGGAGUCGAUUCUCUUGUGGAAAGUUACAUUGUACAAAGAGAAAAAAGAGCUGCAAACCAGUCAGUUAUAUACUAUGUGUUGAGGUUUUCAUGAUGCAGACUUGAUUUUGUUUACAAA